AUGGAAUCUUCGUUAUCAUUAAAUUCAAAUGCCAGUAGUGUUACCACAGUGGAAAGGUCUCAACCACUCUAUAAUAACAUUUGUAUGAUAUAUAGCCGCGAUGAAGGCAGUAUUUUAACCCAAAGACUCUUUCAAGAAUGCGAAACGGAAAUCAUGCAAGCCAAAAACAAAGUUGAGUAUGAUGGGUUUUAUCGAAAAGAUUUGGGUACAGAUUAUUAUAUCUGGGAAAAAAAAAGGGACAAGAUCUGGCAUGGAAUUGUUACCAAGAUGUCAAUAUUUGAAAAAAUUGACUUGUGGUUUAUCGAUUUGAUAUUAACGCUGUCAAAACUUGCCUUUGAGCGUGCACCCGCACCCGCACCUUCUUCCAUGUUUGAAGGGGUCUCUACAACAAUUACUGACUUAUUUGCCGAGGAAUUGAAGCACUCUGUAGAAAAUGAAAAGUGGGAAGAUAUUGGCAAGCUUCGUUUCCAUAAAAGUGUUGAAUUUUUCACCUCUCGUUGGCAACCAGUGGAGGCGGUAUUACCAGCUUUUCCUUGUAAGUCGUCUAAUCAAGAAAAAGUUUUUGGAGUUAUGCCUGAUAAGGGCGAGGAGUUGGCGCUAACACGAUUGAUUCACUUUGCUCGCAAGGUGAAGAAAAUAUAUCCACCGGGCUUUAUUAUAUGGGUUGUUAGUGAUGGUCACGUGUUUAGCGAUUGCAUUGCCGUUGACGACUCGAGAGUCAAUGCUUAUUUCUCGGCCUUGAAGCAAUUGUAUUAUAGGAUUAUCGAUGGUGACGACAGUGUCAGUGACAGUGUCAGUGACAGUGUCAGUGACGAUUGUAUCAGGUUUUGUUCCUUACCCGAGAUUUUCCGAUUGACCAAAUGGUUUGAUUGUUCAAUGGUUGAUCAUAUUGAGUUGGGACAUUUUUUGGACACUGAGAUUGACCCUGAGUCGGAGCUUUGCCGCAAGAUUUUGAUGAGCUCUUGUGAUACCGAUAAUGGCAAGUUGUACAUGGAGGUUAAGACGCCAUCACACCCGAGAUUAUCAUUAUUUCGCGGAUUUUCCAAAUUUAUGACUGAAGACUUGCAGUUUCACCCAAAAGUGUGCAAGAUGACAAGAAAAAUGUUCAAGAAGAUUACUUCCAAGGUUGCUUUUGAGAUGAUUAGACGCAAUGACGCCUACUCCAACUUGGUUGAAUUGAUGUUUCCCUUUCACCUUCGAUUUUCCAUCCAUGCGCAUAACAACUCGGGUCCCAAGUUUGGCAUCUCGUUAUUGCGAAGCCAAUGCCGCCAUAUCACCAGCAUCAAAGACCAUAAGGAAAUUAGAUAUGCAGAUUUAUUACACAUUCCAACACCUUGGCAUAACUCUAUAGUUAAAAUUGACGAUGAUGAAACUUAUUUUGUAAUUAAGGCUAAAAAAGUUGAAGAGGAAUUAAAUAAAGGUAGCGGCUAUGGCCACUGGGAUCAAAAAAAUCUCCAUUAUAGAAUGCCAGACCAAUUGAAGAUUAAGACUGACGCUUUAAAGAGACUUGUAAAAGAGGAGAGGCUUUAUAAGCAGGAAGUUAGGGACCAUGAGCAGUAUGUGGAUAGAAUGAAGGCAAACGAAGCUGACGAUUAUGAGAUUAAGAAACAAAUUGAGGUGCUUGAAGAGGGUUAUAGGAUGAUUCCAAAAGUGAGGGAGAGGAUUUUGGAGUUGAAGCAGCAAUUGAAUGAUUUAUUGAUUGAGUUUGGGGGCCAAGAGGAAGUUGGUGAAGUAAAGAAGGUUCUCGCAGAGGUUGAUGAAAGCAAGCUGAAAAAGUGA